GUCCCUCUCUCUCUCCAUGAAUCCGCUGUCGUCCCAUGAAUACUCGUCUAGCGUCGCUCUCUGUCUCUUUCUCUCGCCGUCUCGCCCUCGCCCUGAAACGUUCCGCAUCUUUGAUGCAUCAAUCCUCGGAAAGCAUAGACCAUGCCCAUCAACGAUUUCGACAAAACGUGAUCGUGAUGCGGCACGGUGACCGGAUUGACAACGCAGAGCCCUUGUGGGUCACCACGGCGGUGCGCCCCUGGGACCCACCGCUCACGGAAGCCGGCAAAGUCCGAGCUUUCUGCACCGGGAGGGAGCUUCGUGACAAGCUUGGUUUUCGGAUUCACAGAGUGUUCGUUUCGCCUUUCCUCCGCUGCAUCCAAACCGCUUCGCAGGUCGUCUCUGCUCUCUGCGCCGUUCAGGAUGACCCUACCAAUAUGAACUCCGAAAAAGUAGCUAUAAAUCCCUCUAAGCUCAAGGUCUCAAUUGAGUACGGGUUGUGUGAAAUCAUAGGUAAGGCUGCUAUAAGACCUGCUCUUGCUCCUAAAGAUGGAGAUUUUGGUUUUAACAUACCAGAGCUUGAAGAGAUGUUACCGACCGGGACAGUGGAUCACUCGGUAGAGCGUGUGUACCAACAGUUGCCAAAAUGGGAGGAGUCGGUGACGGAUGCGAGGUUCAGAUAUGAAAAUGUUAUUCGUGCACUUGCUGACAAAUUUCCUACUGAAAAUUUGUUGCUUGUCACACACGGUGAAGGAGUUGGGGUUUCAAUUUCAUCAUUCCUGGAGAACACAGCUGUAUAUGAAAUAGAGUACUGUGCAUAUUCACACUCACAGAGAUUAAUCUCAUUUAACCCUAACCAGACCUUCACUGCAGGAAGCUUUGAGGUAUUCACAAAGAACAGUGAAUCUGGAAUACGUUAUUGCCCCAUGAACACCUUGGCUCCUGAUGUCUGAUCCAAUCCAAGCAGAUUGCGAGGCUAGGCUGCCUUGGGCCUGAUCCGAGUGCUUCUACUAACAAAUCAAAUUAGAUUUCAUAAGGUGGGAAUUUAUGUUCAAGGGUGAUUAAGACGAUCUUUGUGUCAAUAAACAUGAUUUUGUUUCUUUUUAAUAAUUUGUUUUGAAAGUUAUCUUGUUGUUUUCAUUGCUUAAAAUGGGGAGGAGUGGGAGUGAUGGAAGAGAUCUGCGCUUUCUUUGCACUUUGUUUCGUUUUUUCCUUGUAAUAUAUCAACUAUUGCUGCUGGAUUUGUCCAUGUAAAAUUAAAGCAAUAAGCCGAUUUCUAUUUUAGUUAACAAAAUUUAAGAUGAGUUAAUGGCUUCA